UUGUGCUAGUUAGCCGCAUAGCUACAGCUACAGCGAUAGCAACAGCCUUGGACGCUGCGUGGAUUCACUGUAGAUGACAGCUACACAUCUAACUGCAUAAUUUCUGUCUUUUGUGUUUUGUUGAGCUAAUAUCGCUCCUCACUGCGCAGUGAGAGAAAUGCGGGCGGCUGUGUACUUGCCAUAACCUGCAUGUUGUCUUUGUAUGCUAGCUAGCAGUUAGAUAACAUUAGCAACAGCUCAUCUUCAGUCACGACUAGCAAUUGUUGCUGAGUGAAUUCUUACUUAUGGUUAUUUCCAGACUUUCUACCAGUUGGGGAACAGCGUCUUGAAUGUCAGAAGUCCAAAAGUUCCCCUUAUUGGAGAUAUGGCGUUAAGCAAAGUGCACAGUUUCCCCUGUCCAGCCUGUGCAGGAGCAGCUAACGGGUUAGCUGCGUAGCUUUCCUCCCACAGCGUCUCCCUGAAAGCUGCAGAGCCACUUCCUUCUUUGGCGACAUCUCAUACCUGAGGCAAGCUGGCGGCCCUACAAGUAGAAGCCGAGGACAAAGAGCUGGGGCCCAUGACCUGGGUGCUGAAGAUGGAGGACGCAACCAUCGAGUCGGGGCUUGUGCACGACUUUGAUGCCAGUCUGUCCGGGAUCGGACAGGAGCUGGGAGCUGGAGCCUACAGCAUGAGUGAUGUGCUGGCGCUGCCCAUCUUUAAGCAGGAGGAUUCCAGCCUUCCUUCUGAAAGUGAGACCAAAAAUCCCCCAUUCCAAUAUGUGCUGUGCGCUGCCACCUCUCCAGCUGUCAAGCUGCAUGACGAGACACUCACAUACUUGAAUCAAGGUCAGUCUUAUGAGGUGCGUAUGUUGGACAACAGAAACCCUGGGGAGUUACCUGAGCUGAACAACAAACUCGUGAAGAGCACUGUACGAGUGGUGUUUCAUGACCGGCGGCUGCAGUACACAGAGCACCAGCAGCUCGAGGGCUGGAAGUGGAAUCGUCCUGGCGACCGUCUUCUUGACAUCGAUAUCCCCAUGUCAGUGGGCAUCGUGGAGCCAAAGACUCACCCCUCUCAGCUCAAUGCGGCCGAGUUCCUCUGGGACUUGAACAAAAGGACCUCUGUUUUUGUGCAGGUACACUGUAUCAGCACUGAGUUCACUCCCAGGAAACAUGGCGGCGAGAAGGGCGUCCCCUUUCGGAUCCAGAUCGACACGUUCACACAAGGAGACAGUGGGGAGUACACAGAGCACCUCCACUCCGCCUCCUGCCAAAUCAAAGUCUUUAAGCCAAAGGGUGCAGACCGUAAACAAAAGACUGAUAGGGAAAAAAUGGAGAAACGAACUGCACAAGAGAAGGAAAAGUACCAGCCUUCUUAUGAUACCACUAUCCUUUCAGAGACAAGGCUUGAGCCCAUUAUAGAGGAUGCAGGUGACCAUGAGCUGAAAAAGUCCAGUAAACGGACACUUCCUGCUGACUGUGGUGACUCCCUGGCCAAGAGAGGCAGUUGUUCCCCAUGGCCGGACAAUGCUUAUGUCAGCACCAAUCAGGCAGCUACUCCCUCCUUUGCCUCCACACCUCUGUCCACUUACACAACAUCCUCCGUACCUGACAGUGAGUCGUCCUCCCCUAAUCACCAGGCAGACCCAGGCAGCUAUGGCAAUUCAGAGUGUGCUUUCCUGCAGCAGUUAAGCCCCACUGCCUCAAUACAGGAUGCCCAGAAAUGGCUGUUGAAGAACCGUUUCAAUUCUUAUACCAGACUCUUUUCACACUUCUCAGGUUCUGAUUUGUUAAAACUAACUCGUGACGACUUAGUCCAGAUUUGUGGUCCAGCAGAUGGUAUCAGACUCUUUAAUGCACUCAAAUCAAGGUCUGUGCGACCUAGGCUGACAGUGUAUGUCUGUCAGGAGUCUCCUCGGGAGAGCCCCCUGCUGGAAAGACAUAGUAGUAAUGAAAAUGGAGAACACAGUGUCCCCUCUAGUUUACACGUGUAUCAUGCUUUGUACCUAGAGGAGCUGACAGCAGCCGAACUUAUCCGCAAGAUGGCAGCCGUGUGCAGCCUUCCACUGGAAAGAAUUCACCAUGUGUACCGACAGGGUCCCACGGGCAUACACAUCCUGCUCAGUGACCAGAUGGUUUACAACUUGACAGAUGAGAGCUGUUUUUUGAUCAGCACUGUCAAAGAUGAAACUGGUGAAGGACUCCAUCUCAUCCUGAAGUAGUGCUUGGGACAAACUGCAUCACUAAUACUCCAUCCUUUGUCUUGGAGGAGCAGAACCUCUUUGUCUCCUUCUGUGCGCCUCUACUCUCCCUUCACACCCCUCCCUCCUCCCUUUUUAACUGGGUGCUUGACUGAAAGCAGGGACUGACCUAAAGCCAUGUAAAAUGUUAGAAUCUGACAUGGGAGUGUCCAUUGUUUCAUAUUGAAAACACUAUUAACAGAAGGAUUUAGUUAAAGAGGAGAGGUUGAGGGUGUAGGGGGAAAGAUACUGCUUGAUGUAUUUUAUUUUAUGUUUUGACUUUUUUUAUAUUGUCUUGUGUGAAAAAAGGGAGAUGAGAGGCUCCAGGAGAGGGAGGAGAGGGUUGUUAAAUAUAGAAAGAAAGCAGAGUUUCCUUGUUGCUCGUUGCCCUUCCUGCACAACGCACACAACCAGCACUAGGCCAGUAUUUGAUAUUUGUACAGCAAAACAGCAUGCAAACAGAGCAUACUAACUUGCUUUUCUGAGUUAUAGUACAUCUUAACUCUGCUUGCUAAACAUUCUUGAGGGGUUGUCUUAAAAAAACAAACUCGUACAGAUUGAAAUGUUUGUUACCCCUGACAAAUUGGCCCUUCACCAGAUUUGUUGAAGUUGUGUCAUUUACGUGUUAUAUCCUCAACAUUUAUUUUUCAAACGAACUAAUUUCAUGUAGAUUUCACAUAGCAAAAGAUUAUGUGAAUUUUAGUACCCCAGCCUUACCCCACGUGCUACUUUAACAACUUUAUUUCUUAUAAUGGUAUGUGUUUUCAGCUUAAACUUUUACUAUUUUAGUUGAGUAUUUAUGUGUACGUAGCUGUCACUUUCAUUUCAUUGUUUCUGGUGCCAUACUGGCUUUUCAUUCAUGUCAGCAUUAUUUAGUUUAUUUAAUUCGCACAAUCAAACCCCCUCAUACAUACGGCUGGUACAGGACUCCUAUACCACCUUUACUCACUACCUUCAGAAAUGUACAAAAACAAUUAAUACUUAUAGAACAAUCUAGCCUUAUGUGGACCAAAUACAUUUUCGAUUUAAUUGGUAGUUGUUCAAGAACAGCAGUGGCCCAUCCUAAUGUCUUGCAUAACUAGUGCAUUGCAGGACAACCCUGAUCAUUGGGAGAAUACGUUUAAAUAAACUGCUGGAACUAUAUUGAAAAAGACAUGAAUUACUGUUGUCUGAUUUAUUCAUCUAGUCGCUCUACUCCUGUUUUAUACAUUAACAGACGUUCAUAUGUUUUUAUUGUUAUUACAUUCAUAAUUUGACCUGAGAUGGGUCAUGGAAGUCUCCCGUUUUAUUUAGCCAACCCCCUUUUUCCUUUUUUGGUACAGCGUCUGACAAAGUUGAGUUGCACAUGGUGUGUUUGUGCGUGAACUGCACGUCUCUUAAGUGUCCGAAUGUUUGCUUGCAUGUGUAUCAUUAUUUUAUUUUGUUGUUUUUUUUUGUUUUUUUGCAAAGAAGGCUUGUCUGUAGUUGUCAUAUUUCCUGGUGUAUGAUAACGUGUUAGCUUGUUUAGAAAAGAGCAUGUGGAAUAUGUUAAAAGAGAGGAAGGGGGACAAUUGUUUCUGGGGUCAAUUGUGAACCCUCUGUAUGUUCCAAAUAUUAAGAGACCAAGUCUGCACUGAAAACACAGAACUAGCUCGGUGUGUAGUCUGUAGUUUUUACCACCACGCACCUUUGUACCUGCCUCUGGCUCCAAAAACUAAACGAAUGUGGCGUUUUGGUCUCAUUUCACACGAGCCAGCAUUGUAGCUUUGUGGUGUUUACAAAGACAAUGUUCACAAAGUCAGUAGACUGUAAAUCCAGAUAAUAAGAUCUAUGAAAAACCUCUUGAGCAGCAGCUGUAGUCCCUGACGGCCUGAUCAUAGUCCGUGUCUGUGUGAGAGUGAGCAGGAGAGUUGACCACUGUUCAUGUACAGCCUAAUGUCAAAGCUUCUCAUGUGCACAGUAUCGUAUGCUGGACAUGUAUACAACCACAUGUGCUGGGAAUAAAUGACUACAUAACUUUC